GAGAGAGACCCAGGGCUGCCAACACUGUGAGGGAAGAUAAGUGAAUGGAAAGACCAAGGAGAAAGAGGGUGGGUUUAUAGCUGCCAGUCGACAGAAGGAUUUUUGCACAUUUGUCUGCAAAACUCUCUCUCAAAGUCAAACUCUUAGCAGGUUCUUUAGGGAGCGAGGAUUAGAGCUCACCAGCCCCCAACUUUACAAUAUUUGAUUAGGAAUUUGGGGGCGGGACCCCUGGCUGGCAUAAACCGGCACACACUCUUUUUCUACACACACACACACACACACACACACACACACGCAUACACACUCACACAUCUGCCAAUCCACAGAAGACUAGACGGAGAAACGUGGUCGCUUUUUAAGAAAGACAACUCUUUAGGUGCCAGAGACAAAAUGCAGUGGAUGUCCCUACUGCUUCUGGCUGGGCUUUGUUCCGUGUCCUGGGCCCAGUAUGAAGAUGACAGUCAUUGGUGGUUCCACUACCUCCGAAGCCAGCAGUCGACAUAUUAUGAUCCCUAUGACCCUUAUGAGCCCUAUGAGCCCUACCCCUACGGAGUGGAAGAAGGUCCUGCCUACGCCUACGGCAGCCAGCCUCCCCCGGACCCCCGUGAUUGCCCCCAAGAAUGUGACUGCCCUCCCACCUUCCCCACCGCUAUGUAUUGUGACAACAGAAACCUGAAGUACCUGCCUUUUGUCCCUUCUCGAAUGAAGUACGUCUAUUUCCAGAACAACCAGAUUUCAGCCAUCCAGGAAUCCGUCUUUGACAAUGCUACUGGACUUCUCUGGAUCGCUCUCCAUGGCAACCAGAUUACCAGUGAUAAGGUGGGCAGGAGGGUCUUCUCCAAGCUGAAGCAUCUGGAGAGGCUGUACCUGGACCACAACAAUCUGACCCGGAUGCCUGGCCCCCUGCCCCGAUCCCUGAGGGAGCUCCAUCUCGACCACAACCAAAUCUCCCGAGUCCCCAACAAUGCUCUGGAGGGUCUGGAGAACCUGACAGCCCUGUACCUCCAGCACAAUGAGAUCCAAGAGGUGGGGACCGCAAUGCGGGGCCUCCGCUCUCUGAUCAUGCUGGAUCUGAGCUAUAACCACCUCCGGAGGCUGCCGGAUGGACUGCCUGCAGCCCUGGAACAGCUGUACCUCGAGCACAACAACGUCUACACCGUUCCAGACAGUUAUUUCCGGGGGUCACCCAAGUUGCUCUACGUGCGACUGUCUCACAACAGUCUUACCAACAAUGGGCUGUCCACCAAUACCUUCAAUGCCAGCAGCCUCCUCGAGCUCGACCUCUCCUACAACCAGCUGCAGAAGAUACCUCCAGUCAAUACCAACCUGGAGAAUCUCUAUCUUCAAGGCAAUCGGAUUAAUGAAUUCUCCAUCAGUAGCUUCUGCACUGUGGUUGAUGUCAUGAACUUCUCCAAGCUCCAGGUGCUGAGACUGGAUGGGAAUGAGAUUCAGCGCAGCGCCAUGCCUGUUGACGCUCCCCUCUGCCUUCGCGUGGCCAGCCUCAUUGAGAUCUGAUCCAGUUCCUUCACUGGGCCCCAAGGGGAGGGAGAAGUGGCCCAGGGGAGGGGGCUUUGAUCAGAGAUGACAGCAGUUGCUCACUGUCCCAUUUUGUCUGCCUUGAUGGUUUGGUUUGGCUUUUGCUGGAAGUUUCGGGACUGCCCAGUAUGAGUGUAAGGGUCAUACCUAUGGUUAACAACAUCAUCACAAACAAACAAAAACCAGCCAUAAUCAGAGGCAUCAGCAACCAGGAAUCAGCCUCUGUGAUAUAAUAUCAGUCACACUUGACAAAUGCUGGCUGGAUGGCCACUCUAGUCACACGCCCAUGAUGUGCAUCCCAUGAAUCCCUAAUUCAUUUUGUCUCCUUUUAAGCGAAGUUAGAUUACUGGGGAUGGGGGCAGGAAAGGGACACAGGAUUUAGGCAUAUACCUGGUGAUCUCAUGAGGAAGCCAUCAUUUUGAAAGGGCCAGAAGUUGGUGGGACAGCUGAAUGAUGUCAUCAUCAAUACCUGCUAGAAAUCCCGCCCGCAAAAUUUGUACCCUUUCAAAACUAAAUUCUGGGAUCAUAGAAAUGAAUCUCUUAUAUUGGAUAGAUGUUGGCUAAUCCUUCCUGUUGGAUGCAAACUACCCCAUCUGACCAGUUGGUACUCUUGGACUUCUCAGGAAGUGGAAAACAAUUAUCCUAAAGUUUCUUUAAGCAAAAACUUGAGAUAACUAACAUUUCCUACCAGGCUCCAUUCUGAUCCUCUUUCAAUGAGCAAUCUUUAACAUUGCCUCUGCCCACAGAAAGAGUUUCCUUUGCAAUAACUCUGGGGCCUCAUAGUUCAGAAUAUACCUUUUGUCUAGCUCCCUUCUCUGAGUUUCCCAUAGUCCCCAUAACCUUUCCCCCAUAGAAGCCUCUUCAACAUUAGAGAUGCUCUGCUGUGAGUCAGACAACCUAGGGGUGUGUGAACAUUUGCUCUAUGGCCUGUAGGGAAACCUACACUUUCUAAGAAGUGGGAAGAAUAACAACAGUCAUGCUUCUUUUUAACUCUACCCCUUGGAAAACAUUAUAUUGGAUGCCAUUAACACUCAGAAGUCCCAUCCCCCAAAUGGUCUGGCAUCCUAGCAAUUUACCUGGUCUACUGAAAGGCAUUUACCUUAGCCCUACACUAAGCUUUUCAUACCUGGACAGUGGUUAUCUUACUCAGAGAAGACCAGUUUCCACUCAUGACCAGGGUCCAUGAGGCAGGCAGACUUUGCUCAGUUCCUCAGGCAAACCAAGAAAUCAACUGACAAAUCCCCUGAGUUCACAGACAUCAAUCAGCAGUUCCAUCCAUUCCUCUGCUUUCAGUGUCCUUCUCUGCCAUUAGAGCAGUAGUAGGAAAAAAUAACUUCCAGGAAGGAAGUAGAAGGGGCUUUGGACAAUUGGCUUCUCAAGGAAUGAGGUAUAAAAAAGGCUUGACCCUUUCUUUGAAUAUUUUAAGACCUAAGGGGGACCAGAAAGCUCAGCAGACCACCUUGGGUGUGUUCUCAGGGUCAAAGGUCAGGGGAUUUGGGUUAGACUGAACUCUGCUUCUUCUCAUAUUCCUUCUAGAGCUCCAAAAAAGAAACUAAACCAUCUUCUCCUCUUUGCUGUCCAUCUGCAGGGCUUUCUGAGAAGAGGAAUUCAUGUCAGUUGGGUCAUCCUAGGGCUUGAGAGAAAUGUGCUAAAUCUGGAAGUGCUCAUUAGGGCUCAUUGUGCCCAAGCCAGCCUGCCAAAUCUUGUCUGGGCUUGGCAUCUUGGGGCUGUUCUCAUUAUUGAAGAUGCCUGGUUUUGGGUGGAGAAUAUAGUUAGCAGUUUUUUUCCAUUCCAGGAUGGAUGUACUUGCCCAGCUCUUCACCAUCCCGUUUCCCCUGCUUCCUCUCUUAUAUGACAUUUCUUCUCUCCUGUGAGGCUUAGAUAAUGGAACACUAUUUGGAGUAAAGAUUUCUAAGCUGCCCACUUCCAGGGUGCAGCUAAUGAAACCUAGUCUGAUGUCUGCUUCCUACAUAGUCCCCUUCAACCCCUUCCCAUG